CAGUGGCAAAGGACAUCAACCUCAACACCCACAAUAGCAGUUUUGCGCGUAUUCUUUGCUGGCAACCAUUAACAUAUUAUUGUCAAGUAUCCAUUCCUCCCUGUCACUCACAAUUUCCAUUUCUUAGCUCACCUCCAUCAUCUUUUUGUUGCUCUACCUCACCUGCCAUAUUUAUUUAUUUAUUUAUUAAUUUUCCUUCUCAUUCCUCAAAAGGAAAAACUCCAUUUUUCCUCUAAGAAAGGAAGAGCAACACUUGAAUUGAACUGGAUCUACCAAUAUUGCAAUGGCUUUUUCUUUGAAUCAACGCUUCUUGCUAUCUUCUUCACUUCUCCUUCUCAUCUUGGCUCUCUCUGUUUCUUCUUCUUCUUCUUCUUCCACUUUUCUUUCAGAUGCUGUUUUUGGUUCUCAGGCGCAUACUGGUCGGAAUCUUCUUCAGGCUAAGAAAGGUUGUUCCGUGAAUUUCGAGUUUUUGAACUACACAAUAAUCACAAGCAAAUGCAAAGGACCCAGCUACCCUCCUAAAGAUUGUUGUGGGGCAUUUAAGGAAUUUGCAUGCCCUUAUGUCGAUGUGUUAAAUGAUUUAACAAACGAUUGCGCAUCAACCAUGUUUAGUUACAUUAAUCUCUAUGGAAAAUACCCUCCCGGCCUCUUUGCUCAUGAGUGUCGUGAAGGGAAGGAAGGUCUCGCCUGUCCUGCAUUGCCCCCAUCAGCCUUAGCUGAUGAUACUUCAAGUCAAGUUGUGCAUUUUCCAUCUCUAGUGCUGGUGCUCACAGCCUGCUUCUUAAUCCUAUUAUUCUGAUAUCUCAGUAUCCCACGUUUCAUUCUUUGCUUGCAUUACAUUGUUGUAUAAUCAGUGACCACUUUUGGAUGCAUCUUCUUCGUUGAUGCCUUUGCGGAUAUUGUACUAGAGCUGUAACAUUUGCAUACACUUAGAAUAGUUAAAGCUCAAUGCUGUAUUUGAUUCUUGUUUGUUUAAAAGGUUGGUAGUUCUCUUGGAACUUUUUACACUCUAAAUGGAUUUUUAUUUAUCA